GUCACGCCCCGCACCACGAGCACAUUUGCGGUUGGACCUGCCGUUUGACAAAGCGUUGGAGGAGUUGACAAUUCGACUGGCGCAUGACAGCACGCAGGAGAAUGCGACGCCUGGUGCGAAGCCUUCGAAGCCCAGGCCUGCGUCGAGCACCCAAAACUGGCGUCGGGCCAGCCCGAGCCAGGCCCCAGCGAUGAAGCGGGCAAGGUCAGGGGGCUCCGUCGGUUCGCGACACAGUUCACCUGUGUCCCCUUCGUCGAAGAGGGGGCUGACAGGAUCAGGGAUGCCGGGCCGUCCGCGAAACUUUCUUGGUCAGUGGCCACAGACUCCGCCACGGUUAGCUUCAAGGCUCCUGUCUUGCCACAGUGCAAACGGAAAUCUUCAAGGAUCUCCGUCCGCAGCCAGUACAGCACCGCCUCCGGAAGCCUGGGGUUCAGCACAGCCGGAAGUGGAAAUAGACAGCUUGCAAGAGAAUCCUGCCGACAUGGAUGGGGAAGCAGGACCUGAGGUCCAGCUCUUUGGCGCGGUACUGCGCUCCGCUUCAAACCGUGCUUCGGGGUCUGCACGGAGAGGUCGAAGCAAGCCAAAGAGAUCCGACAUGCUGCUCAGUGUGGGUUCUUCGAGAAGAGGAAGUUCCAACUCCAACUUCUCUGAAAUCGGUUUUGAACGAAAGCCAUCAAAGAGCGCCAGCAAAGACUCAAGCAUGACGGCACCGGCUUCCUACCAGAUCCAGGAGAUGGACGAAGCACCACCAAGAUCACGAGCCAAGGAGUUCACCGAGCAGCGCCUCGCACAGACGCUUCAGUUGCCGCUCGAAGUUGUAAAGCAGGCCGCACAUUGCUUUCGGCAGCACGCAGAAUGCGAGCCGCCAAAACGUCCAGAUUUGUGGCGACUCAAGCAGUCGGCCUUCGAAAAGGUUUUGUGCGACCUUUGCUCCGUAGCCGACACGAAGGAGCUCUCGCAACUCUUUGUCUCAAAGGCUUUCCGUCUCGCAGACAUGACGAAGAGUGGGGACCUCGAUCUGCAGGAGUUCGUCACAUGGUACGCCACCUUCAGCUUCUCAGAGGAGCUGCUGCUCGGAAAGUCCACGAAGAACGUUCGCGAUGUGGCCAGAACGCUGGGCAUCAAUUUGUUGGAUAUCGAGCGGUACAAGCGUGUUUUCGACAGCUACGACAAAAACAAAAGCGGCGUCAUUGAGAUGGCAGAGUUUCGCUUGAUGGUGAACCGCUUGCUGAAGGUGCCCGCAGGGCAUCAUUUGCCUGCCUCGGUCGUGAAAAGCUUUUGGAACAUGGCUGACGGUGAUGGAAACGGCCACAUUGACUUCCCCGAGUUCUGUGAGUUCUAUCUGAAGGUUUUCUUGAAAGAGGAAGGCGGUUUCCAAUUGAGCGAUCUGUACAGGGACAUCCGCAAGGUUCCAGUGAACAGACGGCGGGUGUCAGGUUGA